AUGAAGAAGACAACGAGUAGUUCGACGGUAUCGAAAAAUCAAACAACUCUUGGACAAUUCUGGUCGUCAACCGGAUCGAAACCGUCAAAUAAUACUAAUACAAUUACUAGGAAAGUAUCUUCAGUUCAAAAUGACGACGACGAUGAUGAUGUCGAAUUACUCGCUGCAAUGGAACAAUUUGAAAAAAAGAAUCUGACUUCUCCUUCGUCUUCAAAAACAACGAAAUCAACUGCAAACACGACAUCAAAUUCCAAAUGGCCAAUAUCUUAUAAAGCCGAACAAAAUUCCAAGCAAUCCUAUCAAGCAUCUAUUUCAGCGCCUGCAAAUGCCAAUGAACAAGCUCAUACGUAUCCAGAUUUUGAUCGACAAGCAGGUCGUAUUUGGAUCUAUCCAACCAAUUAUGAAAAACGUGAAUAUCAGUACAAAGUAGUCAGUGCAGCAUUAUUUCACAAUACGCUUGUCAUUUUACCAACGGGUCUGGGAAAAACAUUUAUUGCUGCUGUUGUUAUGUACAAUUACUGUCGUUGGUAUCCAACGGGUAAAAUUAUCUUUACAGCUCCGACAAAGCCACUCGUUGCUCAACAGAUGGAUGCUUGUGCUAAAGUAAUGGGGAUUCGAAGGACUGAAAUGUGUGAGAUGACUGGCGGAGUAAAUCCGGAGGAACGCCGAAGACUCUGGUUGGAGAAAAGAGUCUUCUUUCUAACACCGCAAACGUUGAAUAAUGAUUUGGUGAAGUCAACCUGUCCAUGGUCGAAAAUUCGAUGCUUAAUUAUCGAUGAAGCUCAUCGAGCACUCGGACAACAUGCUUAUUGUCAAGUCGUUCAAGAAUUGUCGAGAAACGGUGAAGACUUUCGCGUUCUUGCUCUCAGUGCUACUCCAGGCAAUAACGUUGAAGCUGUACAAAAUGUGAUCAACAAUCUAAGUAUUUCACAUAUCGAAAUGUUCACUGAUGAUUCACCUGAAAUCAAAAGAUACAGUUUCGACAAAAUUAUCGAUAAAAUCGUUGUUGGACCAAAUCAACUGAUGCAAGAUGUACGACGAGUCAUUUUAAAUAUUGUUCAACAACCAGUCGAAACACUAGCCAGAUUAGGAGUCAUUUACCAAAAGAAUCCCGAAAAUGUCACAUACGGAUCGAUAAUCAUGACCAUGAAACGAAUUACACAAGAUAAACCAGCUAACCUAAACGAUAAACAACAUCAAGAAGCGAAAAGUGCACUUUUCUUUGCCAUAUCAUUCUAUCACGCCCUCGAUGAACUGGAAAAACACGGCUUACAAUCGGUGUAUAAUUUUUUCAAGAAAAAAUUGACCGAGGACAAAAAGAACGGCAUGUUACAUGCAACAUUUCGAAACAACCGUGCAUUAAAUGACAUCUAUACUCAGUUACAAAACUUAUUCGAUUUGUCUCAAGUCAGUACACAACAGCGACGCACUACAAGUCUUCAAAUAGGUCAUCCAAAGCUAGCUAAACUGCGCGAAUGUGUCGUCGAACAUUUUCAAACAUUUGAACGUACGAAAACAAAAGCCAACGAUCAAACACGAGUGAUUAUUUUCAGUGAGAAACGUGAUAGUGUCCGAGAAAUUAAAGAACUUCUCGAUCAAGAUCAACCAUUAGUGAAGCCCAUGGCAUUUAUCGGUCAAGCAUCAUCACAUGCCGCUGGACAGGGUAUCAAUCAAAAGUUGCAGAAGAAAGUUGUCAAUGAAUUCCGUGCUGGUGGUUAUAAUGUUUUGAUAGCAACUUCAAUUGGUGAAGAGGGUUUAGAUAUUGGUAGCGUUGAUUUGAUUGUUUGUUUUGAUGCACUGAAAUCACCUAUUCGACUUGUUCAACGUAUGGGUCGAACAGGUCGUGCUCGACAAGGUCGAAUUGUUCUUCUCAUGACUGAAGGUAAAGAAGAACGCACGUAUCAUGAAGGUGAAAUGCAACAAAAACGGAUUUUGAAAUUAAUUGUUGAUGGUGCACAGAUGUUGGAGUUGUAUCGCAAUAAUUUACGAAUGGUUCCCAGCGAUCUUCAACCGGUUUGUCAAGAAAUGAUGGUGAAAAUGGCAGAUGAUGCGAACCUGUCUGAACCACAAAAUCGAAAGAAAUUCAAAUCAAAUGAUGCAGAUUUUAACUCCAUUAUAAAUAAAACUAAGCAACAAGAAAGUUUAUUGAAAUUAUUUCGGAAAGAUAAACUCUUAACUGAUAAUGAGUUCUACCACUGGACUCGAAACUAUCAACUAAAUGACAUCAAUGACGACAACAACAAUGAUGAUGAUGAUGAUGAUGAUCGAUCGGUCAUGUCUGCUAAAGAUCGAGUGGCGUCAUUGUUGAAAGCAGCAAUGAAAAAAUGGUCGAAUGAACAACGAGAAAUUCAAAGUCAAACGAUGCAUUCCUCGCGAACGAAGAUAUUCGUGGAUUUUAUGAAGAAUUACACAACGGAAAGAGUUUAUGUUGAUAUUCCAUCUCAUACAUGGCCUAUGGAUGAUCAACCAACACCAGUGGAACCAGUUACUAUCGAUCGACCAAAAAUGCCACCACCAUUUGAUCGAUCGAAAUUAAAAGAACAAAUUCAAGCGAAACGAACUUGUUCACCCGUUGAUCUAUCGAAAAUGCCUGAAGAAUGUGAUCAAUUACUGAAUCUUCAGCCAAUAAUUCAACAAAAGCUUGUACAAGCACGCGAGGAAGAAGUACAUGCCGAAGAAGUUGAUUGUGGAGAUUUAUUUUCAACUGGAUCAGCAUUUGACAUCACACAAGUAUAUUCUCAACGAACGAUUAUGCCACCAACAUCAAGUCCAACAUUCGUUCCGACUCAGCACGAACAAAAAGAGGAAGUGGAAGAGGAUAAUAUUGGAAACUUCAAUAUUACGAUCGAUGAUCUCUUUCAAGCAUCUCAAACUUCUCAUUUAUCACCCACCCUGCAAAUAAAUGAAGCGAGAUCGCAAGCGAGAAAUGUUUUUGACGAUGAUGAUGGAAUCGAUAAUGACGAACUAUUAGAAGCAUUUAAUAAACACAUAGAACCAUCAUCAACAUCCAAUCAAAUUACAAAUCCAAGUCCUGUCUUGAUUCUAACAAAUCGAGUGAACACCCAGUGUCAAUCAACGAUAUCUACGGCUGACACAACAUUACCGAAAUUUGACUUAGAAUUUAGUUUUGAUGAUCUUGAUAACAGUGAUGACGCAACAAACAAUGUACUUGACACUUCAAUAGCAGAAGCAACGACUAAAAUGAAUAUUACAAGUCAUUCUGAGAAAUUUGAAACACCAAUUCGACCAGUGCCAUCAAGAAAACGCGUGCGACGUCUUUCGGGCAUUACACCGGAUACAAUCGAAAGAAAGAAGACAAAAAGUGCACAAGACAUUCACGCUGAUCAACAACGACACUUUCAUCGACGUUUAGCAUCGGAUUUUCUCGAUUAUGAAGCAGCUGUUGAUGAUAACGAUCUAUCCAAUACAAUUUCAUCGGAUGAAGUUGAAAACGAACACGAAACCGAACAAGAUCAUUUCAUCGACGAUCGACAAGUCUUAACUCAAGUCGGCAACAUUGAUAUGACCAGCGUUUAUUUGAAAAGUAUUAAAAGCCCAAAGAUUAACUAUCGCCCGCCACCACGAGCUAUUCCUAUCGAAGAUAUUUAUUCGCAAUUGCCAAACAUGACCAUGGACGAUGAUACAUAUGACGAAGAUGACAGUUUUGUGGAUGAUACGACACAAGUCAUCGAUGAUCAUCAUGGUGAAGUGGAUUUCGAUGAACUUGCCAAUAUUCUCGGCACACAAUCAGUGGUGCAUCGUCCAACCAAAGUUACAAGACGCGGAGUCAGAUUCGGACGAUCAUCGGAAACGACAACACCAAAACGAAAACCAGCACGUCGAGUUCAGAUAGCGCAAAGUCCAUUCUAA